UAGAAGGCUUGACUGCAAACGCUUUCAACCAUUUUCUUCCUUUUCUGGUCUUCAAUGUGAAGACAAUCGACACGUGUUUCAAACCACACAAGUCUUCAAACCAUAUAAUGACGACCGCCGCGUACCGGCCUUUGGUCAGUGUCUACACCGAGAAGAAUGAGAAUUCGGGCGUUUCGGUGAAACUUCCGGCUGUGUUUCGGGCGCCCAUUCGCACGGAUGUCGUCAACUUUGUCCACACAAACGUCCGCAAGAAUAAGAGACAUCCCUAUGCCGUCUCUCGCGAAGCCGGUCACCAGACGAGCGCCGAGUCGUGGGGAACGGGUCGCGCUGUGGCCCGUAUUCCUCGCGUUCGAGGCGGUGGUACUCACCGCUCAGGUCAGGGAGCGUUCGGCAACAUGUGUCGCGGCGGACGUAUGUUUGCGCCGAUCCGCACGUGGAGGCGAUGGCACCGGAAGGUGAACCGCAAUCAGCGCCGCUAUGCUAUCGUGUCGGCCAUCGCUGCGUCCGGAGUGCCCGCACUCGUGAUGAGCAAAGGCCAUCUGAUCGAAGAGGUGCCUGAGUUUCCAUUGGUUGUCUCGGAUAAGAUCCAGGAGUACAAUAAGACCAAACAAGCGGUUCAAUUCUUGAGAAGCAUUAAGGCCUGGAAUGACAUCGAAAAGGUCUAUAAGUCGAAGCGCUUACGCGCGGGAAAGGGAAAGAUGAGGGACAGGCGUCGUGUCCAACGACUCGGACCCGUCAUUGUCUACGGCAACGACUCCGGACUGACUAAGGCUUUCCGUAAUAUUCCAGGUAUUGAGACUUUGAACGUAGAAAAGCUUAAUUUGUUGCGUUUGGCGCCCGGAGGACACGCCGGAAGGUUUGUCAUCUGGACUGAGAGUGCGUUCAGAAAGUUGGAUGAGUUGUACGGAACCUGGAAGACAGAGUCCAAACUGAAGAGACAUUACAAUCUUCCUCAGCCAAAGAUGGCGAACACAGACCUCUCGAGGAUUCUGAAGAGCGAGGAGAUCCAGAAGGCUUUGAGACCACGAAAGACAACAAUUUCGAGACGAGUGGUGAAGAGGAAUCCACUGAAGAACCCGUUGGUUAUGCGUAAAUUGAAUCCGUACUCAGCGGUGCUGAAGAAGUACGCGCGCACUGAUAACGAGCGCCGAAGAGCUGCGCGACAAGUGUUGCUCCGAAAGCGUAAGGGAGAGAAAGUGGAUGAGAAGGAGCUGAAGAAGGCUGGCCUCACACUCGGCGUCAAAGUUAGGAAAUAUAAAGCCUAUAGAGAAGAGAUCGCUAAGAAGAAGGCGCUCCUGAAGGCGACCCGAGACAAAGUGGCCGCCGAUCGCGCAAAAAAGGCCCAGAAAUCGAAAAAAUAAUUUAAUUUUAAAAAUUGUAUCGAAAUCCACAAUAAAAUCGUUUUGAAUAAAGAUUUUUUGAAUAUAA